AUGGGAAUUCUCUUGUUCUCGCUUCUGGUGCCAGAGGUGCAAAGAAUUACCGAUGACCCGGCAAUGAUGUGCUCGAAUCUUACCGAUGAAUAUGUGCGAGUAGCUCACGCCCUGGGUUUGCAGCCGGAGGAAGUGUUUGAACUGUCAUUCUCUACCACUGAUUAUAUUUGUAAAAAUUUGAAGUCUGAAGAAAGGAAUUACAUACUGAGUAAGUUUGAUAGUUUCAAAGCAUAUUUGAAGACGGCAGCUGACUGA